UUAAUGUAUAUAUAUACUAACGGUGGUGGUAGCGAUUCCCAAAUUUGAUUUAGGGUUCUUCUUCUUCCUCCUGCAACAACAAUGGCGGACCUCGAUCAUUACUUCUCCAUUUGCCUUCUUCUUCUCCUAUUGUUAGUGUUUCCGCUCGUGCUGGUUUUCAGAAGCUUAUCUGACUCGUCUUCUUCGUCGAGAUUGCAGGUUCCGAUUGCGUACCCUAUCUUCGGCUCCAUUUUCCAAAUCUGGAAGAACAAGGAACGGCGAGUGCAAUGGAUCGCCGACAUUGUUAAUUCCACCCCGAAUCUGACGUUCACGCUUCACCGGCCGUUUGGUUACCGCCAAAUCUUCACCGGAAACGCCGCGAACGUGGAGCACAUGCUCAAGUCGCACUUCCAUAACUACCACAAAGGCGAGGCGUUCCGCCGCACGCUGGCGGAUUUUCUCGGCGGAGGAAUUUUCAACGCCGACGGAGAUAAUUGGAAGUUCCAGAGGCAGGUUAGUAGCCACCAGUUCAGCGCAGGAUCGCUUCGCAAAUUUGUGGAAACCGUCGUUGAUUCGGAGAUCGGAAAUCGUUUAAUUCCGGUGAUGGCAAACGCCGCCGCGAGCAGCUCCGUCCUCGAUCUGCAAGACGUUCUUCAGAGAUUCGCUUUCGACAACAUCUGUAUCAUCGCCUUCGGUUACGAUCCGUCGUACCUGUCGCCGUCGCUUCCGGUGGCGGAAUUCGCCGUCGUCUUCGACCAGUCUCUGAAAUUAAUCAGCGAAAGGUUCAAUUCCAACAUUCCUUUCACCUGGAAGAUCAAAAGAGCUCUCGGCGUCGGAAAAGAGAAGCAGUUGAAGAUCAAAGUCGGUGAGGUUCGCAAAUUCGCUAAGAGAAUUACCAGGAAGAAGAUUCUAGAACUCUCUCGAAACUCCGAUCUCGCAUCAGAGGAUCUCCUUACCAGAUUUUUACAGUCAGGUCACUCCGACGAAGACCUAAUCACCGACGUAGUGAUCAGCUUCAUAAUCGCCGGCCGGGACACUACAUCGGCGGCGUUAACCUGGUUCUUCUGGCUGAUCCACAAUCAUCCAGAGAUUGAAACAGAGAUCAUCACAGAAAUCAACGAGCUCUCAGAGAAACCGAUCUACGACGGCGUGAAGAACAUGAUCUUCACCCACGCAUCCCUCUGCGAAGCAAUGCGUCUGUAUCCACCGGUGCCGGUGAGCACCAAAUCGGCGAUAAACGACGACGUUUUGCCGGACGGUACGGUGGUGAAGAAAGGUACGAGAAUAAGCUACCAUCCGUACGCGAUGGGGAGGUCGGAGAAGGUUUGGGGUUCCGAUUGGGCGGAGUUCCGCCCUCGGCGGUGGCUGCAGGCGGCGGAGGACGGCGGCGCCGGAAAAUGGAGGUUCGUCGGAAGGGAUUCGUUCACGUAUCCGGUCUUCCAGGCAGGGCCUAGGGUUUGUUUGGGGAAAGAGAUGGCUUUCCUGCAGAUGAAGCGGGUGGUCGCCGCCGUGCUGCGGCGGUUUAAGGUGGCUCCGGCGGCGGAAGCGGCGGAGCCGGUUUAUGUGUCGGACUUUACGUCCAAAAUGAAGGGAGGAUUUCGCGUAAGGGUUGAAGAAAGGACUGAAUAGAAGCGUAUUUGAAAGGCGCUUUUUACGUUAGCGCGCUUUUAGAACAAUAGAUAAAAAACGCCAAAAGGUCGUAUACAUAUUAUAUAUUCCAUCCGUCUCAUAUCUAUAUAUCCAUUUGCUUUUUCCA